UGUCGGUGGUUUUUAAGGAUAUUUUUACUGGCCUCUGAACUCACCGUUGAAUCUAGCUCUUCUAAUUUUGGCUAUUACAGGUUCUGGAAUUUAUAGAAUCUGGGAAAGCGUCCCCCUCAAUCUAAAGCUAACCAGUACUCGUACAUGGUCUAUAUGGGCAAUUCAGCCACCGUCAAGGUUGUGUAAAACUAAUUCUGAUGGAAUGAGGGAUUUUUUCUCCCAAGUGAUGCCUCCACGCAUUGGAAUGUAGAAGUCUUUCUUGCCCAUAUCAGACAUGCGGUUUUGUGGGCUUGAAAAUUGUAGUGAAAGCCUGGAUUAACCCCACUACCGAGCUUCUAUAGAUAAUGCGACAGGAGCUGCUUAUAAAGUUGUUUGAAAUUUCGUAGGAAUUGGUGAUGGUGAUGAAUUGUCACCUACCCAGUACAAUCUUCAUAGUAGUAGGACAAUUUGGGUGCAUUGGGCAAUCUUCAUAGAUGAUGCAAUUGCACUUACAACAACGAUCUCUGCAUCUGCGAUUUUUCCUACGCUCUGUGUGACUCGUCUGCAAAUUGUCACACCAGUGUUAUCAAAACUUUCAAGUCUGGUAUCCGCAGAUAAACUCAUGCUACUUACGAGCAGUUUUUCUUGAAACAACUCACAUGUGGCGAAUUCGUGGUUGGUGUGAGUUACGAUUGUAUCGGGGCUUAGGUUGAGGAAACAGAGUAGGGUGUAGGCUUUAACGGAAGCUGUAAGGAAGUGCCACGAGCUUUUCUAGGCUAUUUGCAAUCACUUGAUGGGAGCUGGAGAUUAUUUUGAGAAUUCGGUGCAGAUCUAGACCUUUAUAACCUUGAUUUCAGAAGUUUGGUUCGGCGGUGGCAUUCUAGUGCCUCAUUCUGCAUUCAUUCAUCUGUGUCAUUCUCGAAGACAGUGUGCGCUUGAAGGUGGUCGUGAAGGGGUUGCACAAAUCUAGCCAAGAGUUGAAAUGCAUGGUUUGGGUUUAGGGUUUUAAUUUUUGGAUUUCAGUUUUUGGAGUUUGAGGAUUGCUUUCUGGGUACCGUUUUAGCAAGAGACGCGAUGCGAGGACUCUAUAUAGUUGGGGCUUUACAUUCACUAAAUGUUUCACUUUGUACGAAGUUCAGUUCUCGGGCUGUACAGACACAACCUCGAAUUGUCACGUUGAGGGACUGCAAAUGCAGCUGGUCACCGGGAGCAAAUGAAUUCUCCUUUCCAAAUGCUCAAUCUGAUAAGGUAAGGUUUCGGGAUCGCAUCUCUGCGCCUCGCGACCUAAGUUCUCAAAGACUUACAUCCGGGAAUCUCUUGUUCAGUAGGCAGUCGUGUAUAGAUUUUAGGUUUGUGGCCAAGAGGAAAAUUUUCGCAUGCGGGAGCCGAGAUUUCACGGGCAUAGGGCGUAAGAAGGCGGUUGCAAAGACUAAAACACACUGGGUGUGUGAGGAUUGUGGAGAGUCAUAUACACAAUGGUGGGGUCAAUGUAGAAAUUGUAAAGCAAUGAACUCGAUGAAGGAGUUUAAGGAGCAUACAGGUAAUGCUGGUAAGAGAGGGGGAGCUGGAGCAAGGGCAGUGGAAAAUCUAGUACUGUCUCAAGCUAAUGGAACUGUGAAAAAAUCCCCACGAGCAGGUGGGAGGGCCUGGCUUGAGAGUGUCGGUGGUGGCCCUCAGCGCUUGUCCGAUGUGGCCGCAGGUCAUUCACAGCUACAUUGGCGUCUACCUUUGCAGGGAGAUACUGGACAGGAGAUUGGAAGAGUAUUGGGCGGAGGCCUUGUGCCAGGGUCAUUGAUUCUCGUAGGUGGGGAUCCUGGUGUCGGCAAAAGCACUCUACUACUACAGGUAGCUGGCCUUAUUGCAAAGGGCACUGACGAGCAAGGUCCUGGUCCUGUUCUGUAUGUUUCAGGAGAAGAGAGUGUGGAGCAAAUAAGUAACCGAGCUGACCGAUUGAAUAUAACAGCGCAUGAGCUUUUCCUGUAUUCAGCAACCGAUCUAGAGCUGGUGAUAGGUUCAAUAACAGAGAUUCAGCCCCGGGCUGUCAUUGUGGACUCGAUACAAACUGUUUAUCUUGCAGAAGCUAAUGGCAGUGCUGGAAGUGUCAGCCAGGUACGUGAAUGCGCCACUGCACUAUUGAGAGCUGCGAAAGAAACCAAAAUUCCCAUUUUUUUGGUGGGGCAUGUUACCAAAGGCGGUGAUAUUGCAGGACCUAAAAUAUUAGAGCAUGUGGUCGAUGUUGUGCUUUAUAUGGAGGGUGAGCGAUUACAAUCACACCGGCUUCUACGAGUUGUCAAGAACCGUUACGGCUCUACUGACGAGGUGGGAGUCUUCGAGAUGGUACAAGAAGGGCUAGCAGCCGUUGCAUCUCCUAGUGAACUUUUCCUCAGUGCCCGCAACGAGAAUCUUACAAAUGCAGCUUCUGCUGCCGUGGCUGUAACCAUGGAGGGCUCUCGUCCCAUUCUCCUUGAAGUUCAGGCCCUUACUUCAUCAGUUGGACAGCAACCAGGAAGACGAACCGCAAAUGGUGUUGAUGCUCAGCGUCUAUCUCUCCUCCUUGCAGUACUCGUUAAGCAAGCAAGUUUGAGGCUCUCAAAUCAGGAUGUUUUCAUAAAUGUGGUCGGUGGAUUGCAAUUGCGAGAGCCAGCAGCCGAUGUUGCAAUUGCUGUGGCAAUUUGCAGCAGCUACUUUGAGAAAGCUGUGGAUCGAGAGAUGGCUUUUAUUGGGGAAAUUGGCUUGGGUGGUGAACUUCGAUCGCGUCCUCUAUCCCCUGUUCAGGUUGGACAAAUGGAAAGACGGUUGCUGGAGGCAGCAAAAUUGGGGUUCAAAAAAUGUGUGGUACCAAGGUCUGCUGCUAAAACCCUUAAAGGGUUAGCUGGAGCUGCCUUCGUCACCAUACCGUGCGCGGACAUCAAGGAAGUAAUAGAGAAGCUUUUCCUUAGAAACUAAACGCAUCAAUUUUUCCCAUAUCAUUAUUUGACCUUUACGAUUGCACUGAAAACAAUUUACUUCAACAUGGAGAUUUGAACGGUGUGA